AUGGCGGACGAAUCAUUAACUCGAGUCAUCCCCAUUGAUGCCCUAGAUACACCAAGCAUUACAAGAGGAAAGCAAGUGUUCGUUAUACUAUGGGAACCAAGCUGGAUAGAUCCCAUACAGGCGUACAUUACAAGAGGGGAACUCCUUGAGUCCAAGGAAGUAACCCGGCAACUAAGACUAAAAGCUGCCAAAUAUUCAUUAAUAGAAGGACAGCUCUUCAGGAGAUCGCAUUCUGGACCCUACCUCAAAUGCCUAACCCCCACAGAAUCUAGGGAAGUGUUAAGGAAACUGCACGAAAGAGAAUGCAGGAACCAUUCAGGAGGAAGGUCGCUAGCUCAUAAAGCCCUAACUCAGGGCUACUUCUAG